AUGGGGAUCACUAAUUGGAAAAAAGCAUUGGAAAAAUUCAUAGAACAUAUUGGUGCCGUAAAUAGUGCGCAUAAUGAUGCGAGAGUACAAUUUCAAGGGUUCCAAAGUCAAAGACAAAGUGUGUCUCACCAAUUGGCUUCACAUUCACAUGAGAUGGAGGUUGUAUAUCAUAUUCGUUUGACGGCAAUUUUAGAUGUGACUCAUUUUCUCUUGAAGCAAGGUUUACCUUUCCGUGGAAAUGAUGAGUCUUCAAAUUCACUAAACAAAGGCAAUUUUCUUGAGUUGCUUGAUUGGUAUAGCCUACGAAAUGAAGAGAUUUGGAAGAUAGUCAAUCAAAAUGCCCCUGGAAACAAUCAAUUAACUUCCCCGAAAAUUCAAAAGGAGUUGGCAAAUGCUUGUGCAACGGAGAUUAUUCGUGUUAUUGUUGAUGAUAUUGGGGAUAAUUAUAAUUCUCUUAUGAUUGAUGAAGCCUAA